GGAGUGUGAGAGAGCAGACAUAGAGAGGGGAGUGUGAGAGAGCAGAUAUAGAGAGGGGAGUGUGAGAGAGCAGACAUAGAGAGGGGAGUGUGAGAGAGACAGGGGGGAAGGAGAGGGAUCCAGCCAGCAUCUGGAAUAGAGAUCCAGCCAGCGACCAGGAAGGAGAGGGAUCCCGCUGCCGGAGAGGAGAGAAUUCAACUCCAGAAGACAACUAAAGAGGAAGAGAAAGGCAGCUGAAAGGUGAUGGCAGGUCUCUGGAUGCUGAUGACGUUAUGUAUUUUUCGUCCAAGUUGGGCCCAGCAGACACCUCACCCCACCACCCCGGCCCCUAAUCCAAACGGUGGCCUCAAGAUCCGUCUGGCUGGAUUCCCACGCAAGCACAACGAGGGUAGAGUGGAGAUCUUCUACAACCAGGAAUGGGGCACCAUAUGUGACGAUGACUUCUCAAUGGAAAAUGCGCACGUCCUGUGCCGCCAGCUGGGGUUCACUGAGGCCACGGGCUGGGCGCACAGUGCCAAGUAUGGCAAGGGAUUAGGUCGUAUCUGGUUGGACAAUGUGAUCUGCACGGGAAAAGAAAAAAGUAUUUCAGACUGUAACUCGCGGGGCUGGGGGAACAGCGACUGCACCCACGAGGAGGACGCGGGUGUCAUCUGCAAGGACGAGAGGAUCCCGGGCUACGUGGAGACCAAUACAAUCGAAACGGAGCAGAGGCAGGUGGAGGAGGUUCGCCUGCGCCCAGUAGUCGCAAGCGCCAAGAAUCGCCUUCCAAUAAGUGAAGGGAUUUUGGAAAUCCGGCACAGAGACGCCUGGGUUCAAGUCUGUGAUGUAGGCUGGACCCCAAAGAACAGCCGCGUGGUCUGUGGCCAACUGGGAUUCCCAGCAGACAAGAGGCCGAACAAGAACUUCUACAAGCGGGUAAAAAAACAAGCGGCCAAAAAGUACCCCCCCAAGGUGGCACCGAGGGCCAGACGGGUAAAAAAACAAGCUGCCAAAAAGCUGCCCUCCAAGGUGGCACCGAGGGCCAGAUCCUCUCCAGCCUCCAAACCAAAGGAAGUGAAAGACAGUAGCAGGCUAUACCUAGAACGCCAGAAGCCAUCUUUCCGGCUGCACUCAGUGCUGUGCACGGGCAAUGAAGUUCACUUGUCUCUGUGUCCAAUGGAAUUCUACAAACAGAACAGUACAGCGCCGUGUGAUGGGGGGUCACCCGUGGUUGUGAGCUGUAUUGUGGGACAUCCAGUGGCCACAGCACAAGUAGCCAAUAAGAAAAAGAAGGUGCAGCAGCCACGUGAGGAGACUGUCCGGCUUAAAGGGGGAUCUCGUCCAGGAGAAGGACGGGUCGAGGUCCUGAAGAAAGGUCAGUGGGGGUCGGUGUGUGAUGAUCGCUGGGACCUACAAGCAGCAAGCGUCAUCUGCCGAGAACUGGGCUUUGGGAGCGCAAAAGAGGCAUUGACUGGAGCUCGUAUGGGGCAGGGGAUGGGGCCCAUUCACAUGAAUGAGGUGCGAUGUACGGGGGACGAGAGCUCUCUCUGGGAAUGUCAGUACAAGAACAUCACGGAGGAAGACUGCAAACACAGUGAAGAUGCAGCAGUCAAAUGCAACACCCCGUACAUGGGUUACGAGACUACGAUCCGCCUGGCAGGGGGGCGCACCCAGUCUGAAGGGAGGGUGGAGGUAUUAUGGGGCCCCCGAGGAGCCGAACGCUGGGGACUGGUGUGUGGAGAAGGCUGGGGAACCAGAGAAGCUGCAACUGUUUGUCAGCAACUAGGACUGGGCUACGCGAGCAGCGCACUGCAAAUACGCAUUGUCGGGGGGCGCACACAGUUUGAGGGGCGCGUGGAAGUGAAGCUGGGAGCGUCUUGGGGAUACUUGUGCAGCGACGGCUGGACUACUAAAGAAGCAAUGGUGGCAUGUCGGCAGCUUGGACUGGGGUACUCCCUGCAUGCGGUGACGGAAACGUGGUACUGGGAUGCGAGUAACGCAACCGAGAUGGUGUUGAGCGGAGUGCGGUGUACGGGCAGCGAAAUGUCUCUGCAGCACUGCACACGCCACAAGACGGUCAGCUGCAAGAACACUGGAACCCGGCACGCAGCUGGCGUGAUCUGCUCUGAGACUGCAUCCGACCUGGUACUCCACUCCGCCUUGGUCCAGGAGACGGCCUACAUCGAGGACCGGCCACUGCACAUGCUGUACUGCGCGGCCGAGGAGAACUGUCUGUCCAGCUCAGCUCGUCACGCCAACUGGCCCUACGGACACCGCCGCCUCCUGCGCUUCUCCUCUCAGAUACACAACAACGGCCGUGCCGACUUCCGACCCAAGGCUGGGAGACACUCCUGGGUUUGGCACGAGUGCCAUAGGCAUUAUCACAGCAUGGACAUCUUCACUCACUACGACCUCCUCACCCCCAAUGGGACUAAAGUGGCUGAGGGUCACAAGGCGAGCUUCUGCCUGGAGGACACGGACUGCCAAGAGCUGAUCAGUAAGAGGUAUGAAUGCGCCAAUUUUGGGGAGCAGGGAAUCACCGUGGGAUGCUGGGAUCUGUACCGCCACGACAUUGACUGCCAGUGGAUUGAUAUCACAGACGUGAAACCUGGAAACUACAUUCUGCAGGUUGUUAUUAACCCAAACUUCGAAGUUGCGGAGAGUGACUUCAGCAACAACGCCAUGAAGUGUAACUGUAAAUACGACGGGCACCGGAUCUGGAUACACAACUGCCACCUCGGCGACGCGUUUAGUGAAGAAGCCAAUAAAAGAUUUGAACAAUACAGGGGGCAGCUCAACAACCAGAUCUGGUAACACCCCGGAGGGUAACACUUCGGAGCUUAAUGGCCGGGAGGUGAACGCCCCACAGGGUGCCCUUCAGCCGUGACUUGCAUACAUUACUGUCCACAUUAUAUCAAUUCUGCCCCUCUCUGAAGAAAACACUCAAUUCCUGAUAAAAGCUACAGCUUCACCGUGUGCCCAAAGGGAGGCCUCCACCUCCUCAGCCAGCUGUGUCCUGAAAGCCACUAUAUGCUUCCUCCUGCACCCCAUCCAUCAGCUCAGGAGUUUUUCCAGCGUGUCGGCCUUCGCUUCCUCUGCCUCGGGUGCUAACAGAGUUUGGCUGCAAGAGGGUCUCAGAAGGCAAGAUGGAUGGUGAACCAGGUGGCAUCAAGAAAGUACAAAGGAGGAGGAAUAAGGACCUCACUAAAGCAGGGGAGCCAUACAUUGGCCUGUGGUUAUGUCAAGUGUUCUAGUGGCGCAUCCCGUGACACAGGUGCUCACGCGUGUCCUGCAGUAACAAAUCUGAUAUUUAUCUGAAUGUAACAGGCAACACGUGAGACAGUCACGUCAUAUCGUACAGGACAGCUGCCACGGCCAUCUGCCCUGUUAUACAGGGGAGACUCCUCUGGGCCACGGCCCAUGUGACCCCAUCUGACAUUUUUAACCCAUGUGUGUAAAGUAUGCUAUUU